AUGCCUCCCUCCAACAUGGUCCUGGGGAUGAUCUUCUUUUCUCAGGUUGGCGUCGGGGUCCUGGGCAACUCCUUCUUCCUCGGCUGUUACGUCUUUGCUUCGUUCAGCAGCCACAGGUCGAGGCCAGUGGACCCCAUUCUCAUCCAGCUUACGGUGACCAACGCCAUCGUGCUCUUCUUCCAGGGGUGCCCUCUAGGAGUCUUCUAUGUGAGGAAAGGAUCCUUCCUGGGAAAUGGGGGCUGCAAAGUGGUGUUUUACCUCCAAAGAGUCAGCCGGGGCCUCUCCAUCUGUACCACUGCUCUCUUGGGUGCCUUCCAGGCUGUCACCGUUAGUCCCAGUCACUCUGGGUUGGCCAAACUCAGAGCCAGAGUUGUGAAGCUCAUCAGGCCUUUGUGUCUCCUCUGCUGGGUGGCCAACAUGGCCAUAGAAAUAAACGUGCCCAUCUAUAUGACAGGACAAAGGAGCAGCAACAGCAGCCACACAGGCGGAUUUGACAUACUUUAUUGCUACUGGGAGCAGGUGCUAAAGGAGACCAUUGUCCUGCCCUCCCUGCGGGACAUCCUUUGUGUUGGGGGCAUGGUGUGGGCCAGUGGCUACCUCGUGUGUAUCCUGUGCAGCCACCACCAGAGAGUCCGGCACCUCCACAGCAUGAGCCUCUCCCCCAGGACAUCUCCCGAGAUCGAGGCCACCCACACCAUUGUGCUGCUGGUGGGCAUCUUCAUUUGUGCUUACUGCAUCAGCUGUGGCUGCACGCUGUAUAAAGUGUACGUGACUCAUUCCGGCAACUGGCUGGUGGUGGUGGCCACGUUCACUUCAUUGUGCUUCCCAGCCAUCAGCCCCUUCCUGCUGAUUCACAGAGACAGGCAGAUCUUCAAGUCCUGCAGGGCUUCCUGGCAGAGGCCGCCUGUCCAUUCUUAG